AGCAGUAAGUUUAGCAAGCAUCGGAGUCCCUAUUGUUUUCUAAGGUUCAGCAACCACACCAGGUGCCUUUACAUUUCCUCCUGCGUGAACUCAGCCUUUGUGGUCCUGAGAAACAAACCCAUGAGAGCAGUUUUAAUUCCUCAAGGGGCAUGGUGCAGUGUUUGUGCUAGGUAGCUUAGUAAGCACGAUUCCUGCAUUCCUGUGUGCCUCAGCCUUACAAUGUGGGCCUGGUCUCAUGUGCUCCCCAAAGGGAGAGUCCUGAUAUCUUAUUCCUCUUUCUUUUUUUUUUUUUUUUUUUGGUUCUUUUUUUCGGAGCUGGGGACCGAACCGAGGGCCUUGCGCUUCCUAGGCAAGCGCUCUACCACUGAGCUAAAUCCCCAACCCCCUUACUCCUCUUUCACUAUGCCUGCCAUACCACCUAUGUUCUUCAGUGUAUGCUCCUGUAUAUGGCAGAGGGGGAGCAAGCCAGUCUAACUUAUUAACAGAAAGCGCUCCUCAUGGGGCAUUCCCAAUCCUCCCAUUCAUCCUGUAAGUCACAUACCCAGAGAACCAACUGUGGGAACUCUUGUGUACUUAUUAACUGAACUCUUGCCCUUCGUUGCCAAGGCCUCAGACUCUGGGCUAGGCCCCAUUGUUUCUUUGGAUUGUGUGUUCUCAGGCUGCAAGUGCCGGAGAGUUCCUGGAAUCAUCUUUCUUAGUGCAAACAAGGGCACAAUGGCGAUUCUUUGUAGUAGACAGAGUUAUCGUGCUAUAUGGUUCCACUGGGGCACAGAGGUUUUCUAAAGAAAGCUUUUGUUUAGAGACUGCCAUUGUACACAUUCACAUCCUCUGACAAAGCUCAUACAGAAUUCCCCAAAGGAAGAAACAUAAGGAAACUCCCUAACACAGUGAGAAUCACCAAAGACAAAGUAGAAGGAUGCUGGAGAACUGUGGUCCGCAGUGUUGAUUGGUGCAGUGGUCACCAUGCCGUCCACAGUUCACAGGAAUCUCAGUUUUACUUUGAGGAAGGGUCAUAUCAUUUGACCUAGGUUGACUUGAAGUUUGUGGUGAGCCUCCUGCCUUGGCCUCCGUUUGAGAUAGCUGAGCUUGCCGGGCACACUGCCUCUAAGGGAGAAGGGCCUCUGAUGCAGUUAAUUAUCUUCAGACUCUUCUGUACUCUAUAACAAAACAUCCGAGGCUGGUGUUUGAUUAAGACUUACAUAAAUCACAGCCACGGCGAUUGGAGAACAUGGUGCUGGUCCGCAGGGCUCUGCUGGGGGUCGCUCUAGUGGAUGAUGUAGUAGCAGAAGCACUCGUGGAAAGGACCACAUGGCAAGGCAGUAAGUGGGGGAGUCUUGGACAGUGAGACCACUGUAAGCACUUGCACAGUGCUAACAACAGUUCACAAAGGCCUAGAACUCCAAGAGACACUCGCAAAGGUGGUAUGUGUGCCAUUUACCCCCACAUUCCUCCCACCAGGCCCCACUGCAUGAUUCAGCCACCUUGAACUGAGGCCCUAGAUCAAGUCACACCAGAGCAAUAGCAUGGACUGUCCUCCCAGUGUGUGAUCACGCCCAGUGGGAAUUAGAAAAAGCCAUCUGAAAAGCUGCCUCCUGCCAGCUACAGGCAUGAUGGGUGAGCUGCUGAUGGGAUGUGUCCUUGGAAGGCUGACAAGCUUGCCCUGAGUGACUCCUGCUGUUGCCUGAUCAAGGCCUGUGGACUUGGCUUGCGUGUUUGAUGCUGUCAGGUGAAGCUGGAAAGGAGCCUGCUAGCUGGAGUCAGGGCUUUCUCCAUGAGGGCUGUUAAUCACCAGUACCUGGGUCCAACAGAACACACUGUACACUUGGACAGAAGUUCAGCAUAAUUCAGACGGGGUUCUGGGAGCUGAGGCCCAGCUCUGGGGAACCACACGAGAGCAAACGGAAUACACAGUAUAACUGCUUGUAUAGAAAAGGAGAGGGCUGGAGACUGCCUUAACAAUUAGAUAAUCAUUUAAUUAAGAAGACAGGAGGUGCACAUACACAGAGCGGCCUGGAGGGGGAGCUGCCAGGCAGAUGAGAGUGCGCUUUCCAGAAUGUCAGGCAGGUGUAGAAGCCUGUUCUUCAAACAAUCGCCUCUAUCUUUAUGGAUCAGCUGUGCCUGUUUACAGUUAUGAACUACUGAUAGCCCCUCCCAGGGGGAGUAGCUGGGAGGGUCUCUGGGCCCUCAGCUGAGAUUUCAGCUGCUCCCUCAACCAUUUGCAUGCAAUUCUGUCCUAACAGCAUGGGAUCUGGGGGGCUUAGGCAGUGAUAAAGUCUAUAAACAAGGGAAGAUUGGUGCUCCCGCUAAGCGGCUACAGGGAUGCCACCACCCACACUGGACAAAGACUUACCAGUGUGUUUGUUUUAAUGUCUUUCCAGGCUUCUGUAAGUAGCCUCUCACCCACGCUCUAUAAGUAAGCCCAAAUGAAUUCUUUGCCCCCCAAGUUGUAAUCUGGUAGAAUUGUUCUUUCGCUUGUUGGACUUUGUAAGGAGAAGGUAAACAUUUUUUUAUUACUCCCAGAAAAGCAAUUCUUGAAACAGGGCCGCAAAUGCCAAACCCUGAGACAUGAACAUAUGAGAAGGCACCUUCACAGUGCUGCUGCAGGACUCCACCUAGAGUGGGAGCCUAACUGGUUCCUCUAGUGGUCCUCAGCCUGUGGGUCGUAACCCCUUCGGGGAGUCAAAUGACCCUUUCACAGAGGUCAUAUAUCAGAUAUCCUGCAUAUCAGAUAUUUACAUUACAAUCCAUAGCAGUAGCAAAAUUAUGAAGUAGCAACAGAAAUAAUUUUAUGGUUGGGGGUCACCACAAGAUGAGGAACUGUAUUAAAUAGUUGUAGCAUUAGGAAGGUUGAGAACCACUAAAGUCUAGUCACUGGUCCUGGCACUGAGGAAAUGGUUAACAAUGGUCUGAAGGAGGCUUUUGAGACCUUUAGGCCUGGGAAGAGGCACCCAAUAAAGCCCCAGAACAAAGCCAGAGCUCAGGUUUAAACGAGAAGAAGCCAUAGUUCAGAGAGGGUGCCACAGAGACUGGAAGGAAGGGACAGUGGGACAGAUGAAAACUGCCUAGAAAUUGCUGAAAAAAAAAAAAAAGACAUGGUCUCAGAGUAGUCCAGAUUAGCUUUGGACUUGCUGUAUGACUAAGGAUGACUUUAAACUCUUGAUCUUCCUAUCCCCAUCAGCUGGUGUCAUCAGCUGGUAUCAGGAUUAUAUGCUAAACCACCACAUCUUGUUAAUGCAGUGCUAGACAUCAAGCGUGGGACUUCUUGCAUGUUAAGCAAUCACUCUACCAUGCUGAACUACACCCUCAACCCAAACAUUUAACUUUUGAAGUCUUAAAGUCAGACAUCUGGGAAGUUCUUAUCCAAGCCACAAGUCUUUGUUAAUGUCUCAUGGUUUUGAGGGCUGUUAGUCUAUAUAGAUCUGAGCAAAUACAUAGACUAUCUAUGUGGGGCAGUGGACCAUGCCACCAGACAGAAAACGUGGUAAGGUCAAGCAGAUUCAGGAAACCCAGCAAUUCUCAUAAUCGAGACCCGUAGGCGUUUAAAUCUACUCCCGACUGAACAUGACACUCCAUUGAGAGGACUGUGACAAUCAGUCACGUAAGGGACAACAGCUGAGGUCCUUCCACACGAAGGCAGAUGAGGCAUCCCUAACGUCCUCCAUGAAUAAACAGUUUGGACAAGCAACGACAGUUUCCUUCAUCGAGGCUUCCCAGGGGGCAAGCCUUUGUCCUACAGAGCCUCGCUGAAGUCUCCUGCAGGCGAAGGUCUGAAGCUAAGCCAUUCUGGCUCCAGGCUCAUUGUGCCCCGCCCCCGCCUCCCACCCCUUCAACUCUUGCAGUUCCCAUUCCCGGGAGUUUGAGAACCAGUUUCUGACCAGAAAAAAAAUGGGCUGGGACCCCUAUCUUAGGUUUCAUUUCCUACCCCCCUGAGCUGUGUGUCCCACAAGCCCAGCGCCCCAGCGGAAAGGAACGUAGCCUAGCGCCUCUGUGUUUUGCCUCCCCGAGGGGCAAAGCGGAAAGCAGAUCUACAUACAUUCCCUGGAACUCUCAUCCUGACAUGUUCUAAGAGCGCUCCUCUUAGAGAGCUGAGUCUGUUUCUGAUCCAUGCGUAGCUCAGUUUGUUUAGUAGAAUACUGAACGUUCCCUGCAUGGUAGGUGUAAGCAACAGGCGGCUCCAUGUUCAGGGGAGUUUAGUGUAGCUAUAGGAGAAAGGCCAGGGGCAUCUAGAAGAGUCCAGAGCAGAGAGGGAAAGAAGCAGACUGCCAGUGAACAGGGCCAUCUCACGGGAGCAAAUAGGAGGGAGGAGCUAGAGAAGAGAAUAGCAAGAGAAGCCCGGUGGGGUGGGGGUAUUGCUGGUCUUAAAGAAAAUGGAGAGAGCCUGGGAGCUAGCAUAGUGGAGGAGUCACGGAGGGAAGAAGGUUCCGGAGGCUAGUGCAGAACAGGUGCAUGUGAAUAGGUACUGAGGGAGUCUGGAGGCCAGCAUGGGCUGUCAAAUGUAACCACAGAACUAUUCUGACAAGCAGAAACCUGACACGUUUCUGAGGAAUACUGCUUGAGAACUUUAAUCUGUACCCCAGAAAUCCUAUAGUCUAGCUUGAGCUGAGCCCAGACUGUCAUUUUGGACAAAGUCAGUGGGCUUGCCCUUUUCUGGAUGGGGUGGGGGGGUGGGGUCUUGGGAUUUUUCCUUUUGGACCUAAUAAUAGGCACCACUCUAAGGAUUCUAAGUUCCAGGCUAGGAGACUACAACCCUGUAGGAAGAACAGCCUGGCUUGAGGCCCUCUCAAAGUCUGGUGCUGUUUGUCAAACUCUCCCAGGUGGAGUCUCGGUCCAGCGAGGCACUAAACUGGUAGAAGCCACCAACGACUAGACCCCCUCCUACCCAAACCCCCUCCUGCCCUUCCCAGUACCGGUGCCUCAAGGACAGCAUGCUCUGCCCACAGAAAACCUCACAGCGUAGCACACUGGCAGCAGGUCCCAGAAGUUGUGGGACAUUUCCCAGGCUCCAAUUCCGGAGAUGUUUAUUCUCUGGGUGGAGGGUGAAAAAGCAAAGAAAGAUGUUGCAAUCCACUCUGUCCACGUCAUCUGAAAGGGAGGAGGGCAGAGCCAGAGGAGGGACAGCCUGAUGCAGACAGCCCUGACUCAACCUGCCAGCCCCCUUACCUGUCAGCCUUGAGGAGAUGGAACAGCCCAGCCUACUAGGCCUGCCCCCACUCCCCAACUUCCCUUGAUAAUGAACCAGAAACUGAAACUAAAACGGCUCCGCUUGAUGAGUCACUUCCCAAAGUGACUAAAGUAGCUGAGAAGUAGAAACAGAGGCAGAAGAGAACCCAGGGCACUGGGACAGGUGAGAGCAGGACUUCCUGAGGGUCUGAGGAGCAUGGCAGACAGCCCAGAGGUGGUAGCCAUGGACUGUGAGAUGGUGGGGCUCGGGCCUCAAAGGGUGAGUGGCCUCGCCCGCUGCAGCAUUGUGAACGUCCACAGCGCAGUCCUCUAUGACAAGUACAUCCAGCCUGAGGGAGAGAUCACGGACUACAGAACCCAAGUCAGCGGGAUCACGCCUCAGCACAUGGCGAGGGCCACGCCAUUUGCUGAAGCCAGGCUAGAGAUCCUGCAGCUUCUGAAAGGCAAGCUGGUGGUGGGCCAUGACCUGAAGCAUGACUUCAGUGCCCUGAAGGAGGACAUGAGAAAAUACACCAUCUACGACACGUCCACAGACAUGCUGCUGUGGCACGAGGCCAAGCUGCACUGCUACAGCCGUGUGUCCCUGAGGCUGCUGUGCAAGCGCCUGCUGCACAAGAGCAUCCAGAAUGAUCAGGAUUGCUGGUCUCCACUUGCUGCUGCCCUUCCCACCCUGAGCUGCCUCACUCGCCCACUGCUCACGGGAGUUGCUUGCUUCCUCUGGCUGCUGCCCUUCCUGCCCUGUCAGCUCUAGCCAUCCGCUGACACCCCUCCUGAACCCGAGCCAGGGAUCCCAGGGUCACUCUGCAGCCCCAGAACUGAGGAGGCAGCCCCCUCAGCCCCCCGCUCUCCCUGUGUCUGCAGAACAACUGGCGGGGCCACUGCUCUGUAGAAGAUGCCAGGGCCACAAUGGAGCUCUACAAAAUCUCUCAGCGACUCAGAGCCCAGCGAGGGCUGCCCUGCCUGGGAACAUCAGCCUGAACUUCAUCCUCAUCCAGGAUCAGAAGCAGCUACUCCUUGAAGGACCAUAGUUUUCCAUGAAUGAGACCUGUUUCUAGCUACAACAACAACAGCAACAACCACAAAAUGCAAAAGCAAGAACACUCCGCCAUUACAGCAAUUCUCUUGCUUUGGAGCAAAGAAAAAAAAAACCAAACUUUAGUAAUAAAUGACUUUGAUUUUGUCUAAUCAA